AGUCUAGUUUUAAACUUCGAGCGCUGCGGUACGGUUUGGGAUAAAAGAAAAUUUGUGAUUGAAAAAAAAAAUGUAUUGAAAUUAAAAUAUAAAAAAUAAGUACAAAAACAAAAUAUAAAAUGAAUUUAAUAGUGAAAUCAAAUUUAAUAUUAUCACUAGUUCUAUUAAUAAAGUUGUUUGCAACAGAUUCUGCUUUAGCUGUGCCCAAUGCAUAUGCUGGUCAAGAGUACUAUGAUCAAGAUGAAGACGAAGAUUUUGUGCCCAUAAGUCCCUGUAAUGUAGUACGUCCUGGUGAUCCAGAUUUAACCACCUAUGAUAUUAUAUCCUCGUAUCGUUUCGAUGAAUAUCACUAUGAAUAUCAGGGAGUUCAACAAAUAGUGGGAUCAACUGGUUACCAGCAGGCUUAUCAUGUUAGUGAAUACUCUAAUAUGACUAUUGAAUCAUCACGUGCCUUUCCCAAGGGUAUACCCGAUGAAUUUUCAUUUGAGUGUACUUUCCGAGUGCCCCAACCACAACCCAUACUCGAGGAAUGGUAUCUGUUUGAACUGUCCGACUAUGAAUAUCAUUCACAAAUGAAUGUUAAGCUAUUGCCACAAGAAAGUGCUAUAGAAUUUUCUUUGCCCAAAUAUGAUGGUUCCAUACAGACGGUUACUUUUGAAGAGACAGAGAUAUUUGAUCGUUCUUGGCAUAAAGUUAUGUUGGGUGUGGGUCAAGAUGGUGUACGUUUAUGGGUGGAUUGCAAGCCAGUGCCAGAUAAAAGUGGUAGUCUAAAAGCUCCGCUAGAUGUAAGAGGUCCCAUUGAUGCCACAGAUGGUUCCUUUUCGGUGGCAAAAAAAUGCCACAAACAAGAAACUGUGCCAAUCGAUUUGCAAUGGAUGAUAUUCAGCUGUGAUAAAGAUAAACCCGAACAUACCAAUUGUGAGGAUAUACCACAAUAUGCACGUGCUCCUAAGGGUAUGAUCCAAUAUGAAACAACAACUUUUCGUAGUAGCUAUACACCCUCCUCCCCUAGCAUUUGGGAAAGGGAAGAAGAAACUACCCCAAAUCCUUUAGAUUUGAAAUUUGCCGAACCCACCUCUCCUCAGCCUUGGAUUAUAAGUAGUACUCCGAAUUAUUUAAUUGGUAAAGAUCUUUUGGCUUGUCCCGAACAGUGUCCACGUGGCCCCCCUGGACCACCAGGUCCUCCGGGUCCUCGAGGUUCGACAGGAGCACAAGGAUUAAUGGGUGUGCCCGGUACUCCAGCCUCAUCGUUUGGUCGUUAUGAAUCGGCAGCUGUGAAAGGUGAAAAGGGUGAACCUGGUUUGGUGGGUUUAACUGGAGCUCCGGGCUUACCUGGAGAACCCGGUCAACCUGGUGUACCUGGUCAAAAGGGUAUAGAGGGUUUGCCAGGACCACAAGGUCCUCCCGGUUUUGGAGCCAGAGGUUUAAUAGGUGAACCUGGUUUGCCUGGUGAAAAAGGCGAAAGAGGUUUACCCGGCUUAGAUGGUGCUAAUGGUGAACCUGGCCCCGUGGGUCCACCCGGACCACCAGGUCCUCCUGGCCCAGCUGCUGCUGUACAAACUGCUGAUUACUUGCCUUAUCCCAAUCCAGGAAUGAUUGGUCCUAUGGGACCAGCCGGACCUCCUGGUCCAGCAGGACCUCCCGGCCCCCCAGGUCCACCAGGACCAGAAGUAAUGAACAGUCGUAAUAUUGAUGAAAGAGAAAUUCGUGAUAUUUGUAUGGCUGUUGUUAGGGAUUACAUUAGUGAAAUAUCUGCCACACUAGUAGGACCUCCAGGACCACCUGGCAAAAGAGGAGUAGGACGUCCUGGACCCAGAGGAGCUCAGGGAUUACAGGGUGAACCGGGAGUUCGCGGACCUCAGGGUGAACGUGGUUAUCCUGGCAUACCUGGUAAUCCUGGAUCUACUGGUGAUAUGGGUCCGCAAGGACCACCCGGUGAAAAGGGUGACAGGGGAGAACCGGGAGUUGGUAGAGAAGGUCCCAUGGGACCUAUGGGUCCACCUGGUCCUGAAGGCCAUGGUAUUGAUGGUAUACCUGGUAGACCUGGCGAUCGUGGUGAUGUAGGAAGACCAGGCGAACCUGGUCUUAGAGGACCUCCUGGUGAACCUGGCUCUUGCCCAGACUGUUCGGCUUAUCAGGCUGCUUACGCUUAUCCAUUGCUUUUGGCUCAACAGCAACAGAACAACAAAGGUCCCCAAAACUACUACAAUAAAGGACCACCAAAUUAUUAUAAUAAGGGAUAAUUAUUAAUAAAACAACUUAAAUUUUGUAAAAGAAAAUAUACCAAAUAAGAUCUUUAUGGACACUGAAUGCUUUCAAAUCAU